AAAGUCAACAAAUUGAAACUUUAACUUGGAUGGAAAAUUUAUCGGAGGAAAACGUUGCGGCAUCCUGAAUUCACCGUUCCAGUGAAUAUACUCAUAGAAGAAAACGUGAACGUAUAAAAGUGCAGCCAUUCUCCUCUUCCAUUGCUUAUUCACUUCAAGGUAUUAUAGCUCCUAAAUUCAUCUCCAAACUACGUAACUAAUAUGGCGUAUCGAAAUCUACUGCAACAAUCAAAAAUAUUGUGAUCCAAUCAUAGCCUCGGAUACUGAAUAAAUCUGCAGGCGAGUGGGACUGUAACAUCCAGUUCCACGUCGCCACACCACAAAGUAGAAACCACUUACAUUAAAAGCAACGAUCAGGAGAAACAUUUACAACCAUGACUACCCUCGAGAACGCCACUUGGAACUCCACAGAUUUCUUCAAACUCUACGAUGACACCAGCUUCAUUACAAACGACACCACAAAUCACACCUUUUCCAAUCUCCUCUACAAUGGCUACGUGAACGGAAAUUUCGGAGCACUAGCCAGUGCCGAGGCCCUGAGUAGCGGAGGUCUGGAUUUUGGAGAUUACAAUGACGCAGGUGGCGUGAGUGGGGGUCUCGGUGGAAUACCAUUCAAUCGAAGUGGGGAUGAAUUGACGGUUAGUAGACGGCAACAAAAUGGAUAUGAAGGUGCUGGCGGCGGGAACAAUUUCAUGCUAUUGUUGGAGGAUUUCGGAGAGUAUUUUUAUAAUUACAAUGGAACAGGUAUUGCGACGGCGGGAAGCGGUGCAGCGACGGGAACAACUCCAGGAUUUGGAAAUACUACGGAUUUUGAUUUUCAGACAAAUUGCACGGUGACAAACUCGACAACGUGUCCGGAGAUAGCGGCAGUUCACCAUAACUACUGGGCAUUAAUAUUAAUUUUAUUUCCAUUUUUAACGUUAUUCGGUAAUGUUUUAGUGAUAAUAUCAGUGUGUCGUGAGAGAUCAUUGCAAACGGUGACCAACUAUUUUAUAGUAUCAUUGGCAUUAGCUGAUUUAUUAGUGGCUGUUGUUGUGAUGCCAUUCGCCGUUUAUGUUUUGGUAAACGGUUCGUGGUCCUUACCAAAUUUCGUAUGUGAUUUUUAUAUAGCAAUGGAUGUGAUAUGUUCCACAUCAUCGAUAUUUAAUUUAGUUGCAAUAUCGAUAGACAGAUAUAUUGCUGUUACGCAACCAAUAAAAUACGCUAAACAUAAAAACAGUCGUCGUGUGUGUCUGACUAUUUUAUUAGUUUGGGCAAUAUCAGCCGCCAUAGGAUCACCAAUUGUCUUAGGUUUAAAUAAUACACCUGAUCGUGUACCAGAUCUAUGCUUAUUCUAUAAUAGUGACUUCAUAGUAUAUUCAUCGUUAAGUAGUUUUUAUAUACCAUGUAUUAUAAUGGUAUUUUUAUAUUGGAAUAUUUUUAAGGCCCUACGAAGUCGAGCACGGAAGCAGAGAGCGGCUCGCAAGCCCCAUAUAUCAGACCUAACAACUGGCGGCAGUAUAAUCGAGAAUAUUGCUCAGACAAGGCGCCUGGCUGAGACGCAGCUGGAUAGCAGUAAAAGCGGGUCAAGGAUCAUUCCCGACGAACAACCUACAAAUACGGCGUCGGGUUCCAACGAGGAGGAGGACGAGAACGCAGCGUCCCCGGACAUCGAGGAUUGCCAUGUUAUUGUUAAUGAUAAAUCAACCGAAUUUAUGUUAGCUACUGUUGUUGAAGAAACUGGGAAUGUUGUUGCACAAAUAACUACACAGCCGCAACUAUCGGUCGCCGAUCCAAACGGUAAUCAUGAUUCUGGUUAUGCGCCAUCAAACGUUGAUGAUGUCCUUGCAGGAGCGACUUCGACGCCGCCCGAGAGUCCUAUGCCCAGUGGUAGUAUAAAGCGUAGCAGCCUAAGUAAAAGGAAUGGAUACGACGGUUCACCGAAACGAGAACCACUUAGUGUUGCAAUGAAACCAUUAUCGUUUGUUCGGUAUGGAAUCCAGGAUGCUCUGUCUCUGGCCAGGCAUGAUUCAACAUUAUCGUCGGUUUCGAAAAAUUCUAGGAAGGAUAAGAAGAAUUCACAGGCGUCAAGGUUCACAAUCUACAAAGUUCACAAGGCGUCGAAAAAGAAACGUGAAAAAUCCUCGGCAAAAAAGGAGCGAAAAGCAACAAAAACUUUAGCCAUAGUCUUAGGUGUAUUUCUAAUUUGUUGGGUUCCCUUCUUCACAUGCAACAUUAUGGAUGCGAUGUGCACGAAAAUCGGAAUGCAGCAAUGCAAGCCAGGCGUGACGGCAUUCAUCCUGACAACGUGGCUUGGCUACAUGAAUAGCUUCGUCAAUCCCGUCAUUUAUACGAUAUUCAAUCCUGAAUUUCGGAAAGCCUUCAAGAAAAUUAUGAACAUUGGAUGA